UCAACUGAGGAAACAAGCAGACACUUUUCAUGCGAGAUUUGAGCAGAACGCGAGAUUUCUUUGGUAUCCAAGGAGACCACGCUGGCAGCGUUGGAUAUCUUUGCAGGGAGGAAGAGGCGGUGUGUUUCUCCUCUGGUGAUGUUUGCGUGUAGCAGGGAGCAUUUUACACGAUGGAGCUGCCGGGGACGAUCAGAAAACGUUUAGAAGACUUUUCUCGGAAUGUUUUAUUUGACCAGAGUCGGACUCGGCCUCUCACAACAGAGAACGACACGUUUUUGCCACACGACAAGCGGGUUUUGUCUAGUCUCCACCUCCAGAUGUCUCUGUACUUUAACAUGUGGUUCUUCCCCUUGUGGUGGAUCAGUGAAACUGUAAUGCUGCACCUGAAGUAUCCUGCCUUACCAGACUACUACAAAUUCAUCCUUGUCACUGUUCUCAUCCUGAUGACUCUGAUCGAGGCCAUCAGACUCUUUCUCGGCUAUGCUGGGAACCUACAAGAAAAGGUCCCAGAGUUGGCUGGAUUUUGGCUGCUGAGCAUCCUGCUGCAGUUUCCACUAAUCCUGUUUCAGCUCUUGAACGAAGCCAUUCUCAUCCAGCCCCUGGAGAGGGGCGUUCACAUAGUUCUCGCCAUUUUCAUACUCACACAGGCCCUCUCUGGUUUUGUAGCGCUCCGGGAAAUGGUCAGACACACAGAAAGCCAAUUUCAUCUCAGACAGUUUGACUGAAUUCUGAAGCUUGGAUGUCCCUGCCACAUCUUAACACACGGGGACAUACCAUGAUGUAACAUAUAUCAUAUACUUCACACCACCCAGACUCAGAGGCUGAUGACAAAAGAUUAUGUGGCACUUUUUGUAUUACAUGUAGUACUUUGGAUAUUUCCUCCCCAUGAUUUAUUUUUGUAUUUUAUUCACAUUAUAUUCCACUGGAUUGUACUGUUGUUUUUGCAGUGUUGCAAUAAAUAAAAUCUUAAAAAGCA